AACCACCUGUUUAUGCUCUACUGUUAAGCAGAAAAUUUUUCAAACCCCUGGCAAAUUUACAUUUAAAAUAAUUUUUGUUCAGACAGGAAGGUUAUUUCUGCAACAAAUGAGACGGGCGUCUGUCAAAAGAUAAUAAAACAAUAAAAAAUUACAUUACAGGACACAAAGCGUUUUAUCUUCUGCGCCUGCUUUUUGCAUGUUUGGCGUUAUGACAAUUCAUCUGUGGUGAUGAGCUCCAAGUCUGAGAUCCGAAGGCCUCCUUGCCAUAACCCUAAUCUUUAGCUCCCUCCACAGACUAUAGAUUCAAGUUUAGACUCUAGCUGGGUCACUUCGAAACAUUACUCUUACUUUCAAUUAGAGGAAACAUGUCGGUAAAAUUAAAAUAUGGUAUUAAACCUAAAUCUGGCAGAAGUAUGAAUAACUCUACAUCAUCUUAUAUGUUUAUUUUUAAAGAUUUCAUAAAACUACAUAACUGUUUUAUAAAGUCUGGAUGGCAGUAAAUGAACCCCAGACGUGUUCCUAGUUGAGCAUAAAACUGAACCCUGAAUCUCCCCUGGCCUGUUUGUUUUGUGCGUUUCGAUCGGCUGCUGCUGUUAAUGUAAAUUAUGAGAAGCUGAUAGAUUCGCCCCACCUACAGCUUGCUGAGCGUGUGAGAAAGGGAAAAAUAAAAAGUAGAGGUACACUGAUCAGGCUCUACAUGGAUUUUACAAAUUCAAAUAUUUUCUUUAUGUGAUUUUUUUUAGGAACAAUAACAAACUGUGCUGCACUUUCUUUAAUAAAGGCAGUACCUUAUAAUCCAGUUUAGGAUGAAAGAAAACAAAACAUUCGCCAUUUAUGCAUCAGAGCAUAUCCAUCUAACCUUUGUCUGAAUUUUUUAUUAAACCAUAAAUAAAGUGCAUGAAAGUAUAUGCUGUAGGUUAAUGCAUUUAUAGGCUGAACAUGAUGGAACUUUUCUGAGCAUUUAAUGAAUAGGAAAGAAAAUGGUUAAAAAAAUGUUUUACUUAGUACUUGACCUGCUGACCCCAGACCAAUGCGAAAUUUCCAUUUUAAUGAUGCAUCUCUAUGAAGAAGCUGUGAUUUUCCGCCAUUAAAACUUUAACUUAGGAUUCUGUAACAGCUGCUUCAUACCAUAUUUCCUGUUAAAAUAAUCCAAACUCUGUGUGAAGCUUUAAUUGCAACCACCAGGAUUACAGCAGCGGUAAAAUGACUUUAUGUAGUUAAAAUAAAAUUAAAAGUUCCUUCAAACCACUUAGGAAAAUUGUAUCGACAUCAGACGUUCAAUAACUGCACACCUCAGUGUGUCUUGUCUCUGAAAAUCUGCAAGUGUUACACAUUCCUACGGGGUUGGCAUUGUUUUUUAUUGGCGCUUAUAUAAAUCUCAUCUCAUUUAUUCUUUCUUUACAGAUCUCUGAAACCUGUUGCAGUUAAAUCUUUAGCACCGUUCCUCCACAAACCUCCACCUUUAAGGUUCAGGGCAAACCCCUAACAGGGCUGUUUUCUGAAGGAACUUUCUAACCAGACUCACGUUGCCAUAAUGGUUUCUUACAAGAGGCUGAAUCCAGAAAACGUUCAGUUUUCUGGUGCACUUUUAUCAGAAGAGCAUCAUCGUCCAUUUCAAGAAGAUGUGGCAGUGCCACAGCCAGACAAUGCCUCACUGCUCCCCCGAAGGCUGUCAUGUUCAAUCACCAAAGGUGUCCUAAUACUCGGCUGCCUGCUGCUGCUCCUCUUCGGAGGAUGGCUGGUCCACACCAUAUACUGGCUACGGAGUACAUCCAGCCAGGCACACAGAGCACCAGCUCCAGGGCAGGCUUCAGGCCCUGUAUUGCAAGCAGAAGUAAACAACACUGUGAUCACUGCACGCUCCAACGCUUGUAGUAUAAUCCCAGAGGGGUGGAGGUUCGAUUGCUACCCUGAAAGAGGGGUGGUUGUGAACCGAGAGUUGUGCGAGGCAAGGAACUGCUGCUUUAUUCCUGCUUCUAGUUCAGCUAGAAGCAAAUCUAGAAAAAAUGGUAUCCCAUGGUGUUUUUAUCCUACUGAUUUCCCUUCAUACUCUUUGGUGUCACUCAAUGACACGUCAAUUGGACUCAAAGGUGCUCUUGUAAAAGAUGUGAAGACUUACUACCCUGGAGACAUUCUUACUCUGGAGAUGGAGAUAAGACAUGAAACAGACACCCGCCUGCAUGUCAGGAUAACAGACCCCUCAAGUUCACGCUUUGAGGUUCCAAUCUCCGUGCCCACCGCCACAAAGAAAGCAGAAAAUCCCCAGUACAUCAUAGAGCUUUCAAAACAGCCCUUUGGUCUCGUAGUGAAGAGGAGAUCCACAGGAACCGUGCUCCUGAACACCACUGUGGCUCCUCUCUUCUAUGCUGAUCAAUUCCUUCAGUUUUCUACCACCUUACCCACUCGGUUCAUUUAUGGCCUGGGUGAACACCGCUCCACCUUUUUGCACAGCGUUCAAUGGAACACACUCACCAUGUGGGCCAGAGAUGUUCCUCCUAUGGAACAGACAAACCUGUAUGGGGCGCAUCCAUUUUAUCUGGCGAUGGAGAACGGUGGAGAUGCGCAUGGCUUCUUCUUGCUGAACAGUAAUGCAAUGGAUGUGGUCCUCCAGCCCGGCCCUGCCCUAACAUGGCGUACCAUUGGUGGAAUCCUAGACUUUUACGUGUUCCUCGGACCUGAUCCUGGUUCAGUCAUUGAGCAGUAUGUGGAUGUCAUAGGACACCCAGCCAUGCCCAUCUACUGGGCCUUAGGGUACCACCUCUGUCGUUGGGGCUACAGGACCAGCAAUGCCACCUGGGAAGUUGUCAAGAACAUGAGGAAUAAUGGAAUACCACAGGAUGUCCAGUGGAAUGACAUUGACUACAUGGACCAAGCCAAAGACUUCACCUUUGAUCCGACAAACUUCAACACCCUUCCUGAUAUUGUCAGGGACCUGCACGCUCACAACCAGACUUACGUCAUGAUCCUGGAUCCAGGAAUCAGCAGCACGCAGCCUGAGGGCUCAUACUGGCCUUUUGAUGAGGGACUGAAAAGAGGCGUUUUUAUUAAGGACGCUGAAGGGAAAACACUGAUUGGGAAGGUGUGGCCUGGUCUGACAGCAUUUCCAGACUUCUCUAAUGAGGUGACACAUGAAUGGUGGUAUGAAAACCUGAAGAGGUUUCAUGAGAAGGUGCCAUUCGAUGGAUUGUGGAUUGACAUGAAUGAGCCAUCAAACUUCCUGGAUGGAUCUACUGUUAGCUGUCCAUCAAAUAAUCUGGAAAAUCCACCUUAUACACCAGGUGUGCUGGGAGGUUUGCUGAGAUCUAAAACUGUAUGUGCCACUGCACAGCAGAAAUUGUCAACACAUUAUAACUUGCACAAUCUUUAUGGACUUAUGGAAGCUAAAGCCACUGCAAGUGCUCUGAAGAGGAUUUUGGCAAAGAGACCCUUCGUGAUCUCCCGCUCCACGUUCCCCAGUCAUGGAUUGUACUCUGGUCACUGGCUGGGAGACAACAGGAGCCUGUGGAAGGACCUUUAUACUUCCAUCGCAGGCAUGUUGACCUUUAACCUUCUGGGUAUCCCUUUGGUGGGAGCAGAUAUUUGCGGCUUCAGUGAGGAACCGCAGGAGGAGCUGUGUGUCCGCUGGACUCAACUGGGAGCUUUUUAUCCCUUCGCACGAAACCACAAUUCUCUUGACAUGGAGCCUCAGGAUCCGACAGUUUUCAGCCCGCUGGCCCGAACAGCCAUGAAACAGGCUCUGCUGCUGCGUUACUCCUUCUUCCCUUUCCUCUACACCCUCUUUCAUCACGCUCACGUUAAAGGACACACUGUUGCUCGGCCGCUUAUAUUUGAGUUUCCCAAAGAUAUAGAAACCUACGGCAUUGACAGACAGUUUCUUUGGGGAAGAAGCUUAUUAGUGACUCCAGUGUUGGAGCCUAGAGUCGACCAUGUGGACGGGUACUUCCCUGAAGGUCUGUGGUAUGACUACUACACGGGCGACUCUGUGAGCAGCAAAGGUGAGAAAUUUCAUCUCGGUGCACCUCUGGAUAAAAUCAACCUGCAUCUACGUCAGGGCUCCGUUAUACCAACACAGGAGCCCAAACUGACUCUGUGGGUUAGCAGCGGUCAGCCUCUGCAUCUGGUCUCAGCUCUUUCCGACGACGGCUCAGCCAGCGGAGAUCUGUUCUGGGACGACGGGGAAACCAUCGACACCUACGAGACCAACCAGUAUACAUAUGUUGUGUUCAACAUCUCCCAGAAUGUGAUGACCUCCCACGUGCUUCACAGCGACCAGGAGGGCUCAUUCAUUACCAUUGACUCAACCUCGUUCUAUGGGGUCAGGGAGAAGCCAAGCAGAGUUCUGGUGAAUUCCAAGGAGGUGCCAUUCCUCUACAAAGACAACCAGGUCUUAUCAGUAGCAAACCUGGGUCUCAGUCUCAUUCAGAACUUCACCAUCAGCUGGAUGUAAUAAUCAGAUUGUUGGUUUUAUUUUACGGCUGUCGUCACAACUGACACAGAAUGUAGUGUUUUAUCGUUUCUGGCUUUUAAAUCCUAGACACUGGAUAUAAAAAUACAAACAUGCCUGUAACUGUGACACUUCAUGGCUGAGUUACGCCUUUUACAGCACAGGGUUUUAUUUUGCUUUCUGCUUGAAAGCUAGUCUCCAAGAUCAGAGGGUAAACCACUGGAAGGUAAUCUGUUAAGGCAUAACAAGCCUCUUUUCAAUGUAGUACCCAUAUGUUGUUGAAAGUAGAGCUCAUACACCAUUUUGACACCCAGGACCCUCCAUUAAAUGGGCUACUGUUGCUGAUUUGGAUGAUGUGGUUCCAAAGUUCAAGUCAGAACCCCAUUUUUGGGUCACAAAACAAAACAUGGGUUCUUUAGGAUGAUUUACUAGACUCACAUUCAUUUUAGAAAUGAUUGCCAUAUUUUACUAUAAUUCUUUGAAUAGAGUAGAUAAAUAUAGAUACGGCUUAUUGGUCUGUUGCACCGUUUUAUGCUUGCAUACUUACCGAGUAAGAGCUGAGGUCAGAAACUGAAUUGUUUGGCAUUCACCAAUUUAGAAAACAAAAUGUUUCGGCAGUCAGAGAUGAAAGUGAAAGUAUUUGGGAGCAGGUCUGAUCAAGUUUGAGGUAAUGUGCACUUCAUUUGAAAAAGUUUCCAUCAAAAAGGGUUCAUGUUUGACUCACUAACACUGAUCCAAGUUUUUAACACUGCUUUUUUAUUUAGAUGUUUCCUAAUGAAAGCUUCAUCGUAACUAAAGUGCUGGAUUUGGUUCUAUCUUCUGAUUGAUCAGAACGGCAUUUUUAAAACUUCUCAUCUGCAGGAAGGUGAUGUGCAAUAAACACACAGGAAGGUUGUCUUCCAUCCUUAAAAUAUGAUGAAUCUGAAUGUAAUUUAAGACUUUCAGUGCUUAAUGAAGUCGCUUUUUUUCCCUCACUGUUGUUGCUGCAGUAUUUUAAAGUUAGGGAGGGGUGCCUUAUGAUUGUUUUGUUCUUCUUCUAAGACUUUUAUUUGUUUUUACUGCUUGUCAUAAGCAAGUUGCCCACAGUGAUUGCUGGAAUGCUGUCAAGCAGAGAGACGUCUUGGAAAUUUAGUCUUGACUAGAUGCAGUUUUUUAUUGAAGCAACAUUGAUGAGACAUUCAAGUGUGACUUGUAUAUCUGUUUUGCAAUGUGACGCCAUCGGUUAGAUGCAUUUUAUCAAAAAGAGGUUGGGUUUAAUUUUCCUAAUUUUCCUACAAAGUUUCUGUUUACCAGUAAUUCAUAAGAGAAUGAAGUAUGAAAAAAAACAUUUAUUUCAAAAUAAAAUUUGUUUCUGAUUCUGACUGUAUUCAAAAAAAUUUUUAAAUAAAUAUUGUUUAGAUGGUGGUGUUAAAUUCACCACCACAAGAUGCCACAGUUUCUCAGUCAUUUUUGUUUUAUUGACACUGCUGUUAUAACCUCCCUAGCAACUUUACAUGUUUUCUGGCAUAUUUUGUCCUUUGUCUAAAAAGCAGGUAUAUGCCUCUAAACCCGCAAUGCUCAAACGUAAUCAGAACUCCUACUUUGCCAUCUAAUUACUGCCUCCUCUGUGCCAUUUAUAAGAAAAUAAAGGAAAGGUUUUUUGAAUUUAUUCUAGACGAGGAAUUUCUUAAUGUGCAUGGGUAUAACGCGGAUAUUCGUUUGAAUUUGUUUCUUACGUUUCUGUGUUUAUUUGAAUAAAAAAACUGCAUCAAGUAGAUGGAUAAAAACCAAAGUUCUUUUGUGAUCAAUAAAUGUUUGAAUUCUUAAAAAAAUAUAUAGAUUUCCUCUCUUUUACACAAUCUUUGCUUUGUGUGAACCAUCAGGUCAGUAGAAAGAUUCAAAGCAACGAACAUUUGUGUAUUUUUAUUUUAAAUGACAUGUAUCACAGAUGAUGUUAAUGAGCAACAAUUUUGUUUCAAUAAAUAUUUUUUUGAAUCUUC